AGACUAAUAAUAUUCAUAAAUAAUUCAUAUUAUUAUGACUAUGUUUUUAUAAAGACUAAAAAACAUCCAUAAAUUUAUUCAUAGUGUUAACGUUAGACACAAAAUGAUGUCAUUGUGCUUUCUGGGUGGAUCAGGUGAAAAACGGGUUGAGUUUUGAAAAAAAAAAUGUCCCAAAUGCAAUAUUAUACAAAUUCUUAAUCUAUUGUAAUAUAUUUUAUUUUGUAAAGGGAUUUCACUACUCAAACGUUGGCAGUUGGGCUCAAAGUUCGAACUAAUAGUAUGGUGGAUGUUCUCAUCCCAAAUUACGAAUGGGCCAGUCCCUUGAGAAAAAAAAAUGCUAUUAUUGGAAUUUGAAUCCAGAUUACUCAAAUGAAAAAAGAACACUAUAACCAGCUAGUAGGGUUGAAAGUUUGGAAUCAGUAUUUGGGAUAUACCGAAUAUCGUAUCGAAUUUGUCGAUAUUUGAUAUUACUGAAUACACAUAUUAUUUCUUGGGAUUGAGAUUGAAUUUGAAGGGUUAUUUGGUAUUAGAGAUUACGGGAUUGUGAUUUGUAUUUACCGAAAUACUGAUCAAUAGCGAAAUAUAAGCUUAUGUGUAUUUUAUCCAUUUGAACUAAACUAUCACACUCACUACUAUCAGACCUUCAACCGCCAAGAUUAUCACUUUAAUUUACAUAACUCAUUCCCUUACUAUGUGACAACCAAUACCAAGCUUUGUUAAUUGUAGUAUGUUUAUGGGUUUUGUUAAUUGUAGUAUGUUUAUGGGUUGCUUAGUCAUCCCAUGUUCUAGUUUGUUAAUGUGCUCUUAGGCAUCACAUUUUUCUUGUAUGUUGUCAUUAUACUUGAGAUUUAUUAUCAUUUUUUUUUUUUGCAAGCGUGUUAGCACCACACCAUUGUUGUUUUUAUAUAUUUUGGGAAUGAGUUAUGGAGCUAGCAUUUGCGUUUGUAUAUUAAAUUCAUAAUUUUGAAGGAAAUAAAUUUGGCAUUUGGUAUAUACCGAUAGAGAACAAAAAAUUAGGGAUUGAGAUUGCGAUUGCAUUUAUGACACUAUUUUGUAUUCGAGUUUUCGAUGUUUUGUAUUGUGAUACCGAUAUCGUACUAAUUUCCAUUUUCCACCUUAAGCCCAUACUUAAAUGGACAACAGUCCAUCCUAAUCACCAAAAAGUAGGCCUCCAAUUUGGGCCCAACAUAGCAUAAACGACGAAGAGGGUAAGAUUCUGAGGGCAUAUACGUCAUUUAGCCCCACCAAGGACAUGCUCGUCAUUUCGCUCCUCAACUCCCCAAUCCAAUGGCAUUCUCGUUAUUCCUGAAUCCAGCCGACCGUAUAUAAACCGCUCUCCCCAUCCCCAAUUUUCUUUCGCCCCAUUCUUCCUUCCUCUGCGUUCUUCUCCUCCUUUCCUCCACUCCAAUCUCCUCUUCUUCCCGCCCCAAAUUCUUCCCGGCGAUUCAAAGCCUCCCGAUUUGUUAGCUCCGACCGCCGCCGGCCGGCGAGUUCCUCCGAUUUGGUUUCCGUUUUUAUUACUCUGCUCAUAAAUAGCCUCUCUCUCUCUCUCUCUCUCCCCUUCGCUUUCCAAUUAUACCGGUUUCUUGUUCUUUCCCCCACGCCUCCAAAUCCGAUCCUUAAGAUGCUGCCACCUGGCGAGUCUAGGAAGCGAAAAGACAGAGAAUCAACGCCAGCGUUUUAUCCAGCUGCCAAGCCAUCGGCUCGGCUCGACUACCUCCACAGGCCGCCGCCGCCGCCGUCGACGCCGAAUCCUUCAUCCAACAACAACGGGCUACUGGCCGGGUACCUAGCUUACGAGUUCCUAACGAGAGGGACGAUUCUCGGGGAGAAGUUCGAUCCGGCGAAGUCGACGGAGGCGCCGCCGCCGAGAAUUAGGAAAGGCGGAGCGAUACCAGCUGCCGCCGGCGAGGAGGCGUGGAAGAAGAGCAAGGAAGACGAGGAGAGGAGCUAUGCGGAGGUGGCGAGCUUAUUGAAGACGGAACGUGCCCACAUUCCCGGGAUUGUGAACCCUACUCAGCUUGCCCGCUGGAUUCGGAUGUGAAGAGAAACAGAGAAAUGCUGGAGAGAAAAUGGAAUUGGGAUUGAAGCCGAGUUCGUGUGAACUUGCUGUACAAGAAGGUUUGGUGGGAAAGAGACAGGCAAGCACUAUUACGUCUAACUCCGACUAUCCACUAAUGCUUUGAAGACCGUCGGGAAGAAUGGAGUCGACGGCAGGCCUUGAUCUUCGCAAGGUGUAAAGAUCCCAAUAAGAAAGUUCCUUUCUUGAAAACUUUCAGUAGUAGAUUCUUUCCAUAUUUUCAUCUGUAUGAAAUGUCAAGGUUUCCCAUUACAUUCAAUAUGUUUCUUGUCAAAACAAAUCCAAUGUAUCAAA